UUUUUUUCGAACAAGGUUGUGAGGCUUUUAGUUGUGUCUGUAUAUUUUUUAUUUAGUAAAUCGCUGGUUGCAGGGCACUCCAGGGUUCGCGCCAGCUAUUCUCCCACAUCAUGUGAUGUUGUUGAACACAGCAGCCACAGCCAGAGAGACACUGUGAGAAUCAGUGUGGAAUAAAAGGUAUUCCAAAGACAUGUUCAUAAUCCUUCAAGCAGAUCGGAUUGUCACUUUAAUUGUAAUUUACACCUUGACCAAAUUAAGACACUCUCUGGGGCUUGGCUUUCGUGAUCAUUUGUGUUCUCGAUCUCUCCUCCAACUCUUGGCUAACUAUGUGAGCUCAUGCUAGCUCGAUAGUACCAACAUUCACCCAGGCUGAAGCUGGGGCGCAGCAGCAGCGGAGCCUCUGAGCCGACGAUCAUUUCCGACAGCUCCGUAUGGAUUUGACGUCGGCAUACAUUGUUGCUUGAUGUCUUACAAAGGGCCGAUUAUAGGUGAUUUCGAAGAUGGGGGAACCUUGUGACCUUAAGCACUUCGUGAAGUGUGGCGUCACUUUGGAGGGCUCAUUUCUCUGAUUUGGAUUAUUCUUGGCCAGCAGCCUCUUCAGGCCUUCUAAUCCUAGACGAGUUUCACAAUGGACACUCUGCUCAAGUCAGAAAUCAGAGAGGAGGGGAGUGGUGCCUCGGUGAAGGUGGAGGGCCUAUCCAAGGCAGCUCUAAUCAAAAGCCUGUCUCCCAGAGUCAUGCUAUCCAACCAUCUCCUGCCUAAAGGGACCAAGAUGAAGGUCAACCUAGAGGAUCAGGGUCGUCAGAAAGUGUCCUUCAGCUUCGCACCGACCAAGAAGCCACUGCAGAGCCUGUUCUUCAUCCCUGCCAGUCCUGAAAAGUCUAUCGCUGAACCUCUCCCUGCUUUGUCACAGUCAACCUCAGACAAAGGCGGGCAGGAUACAGACAGCAAAAAUGAGCAAAAGCAGACACCCAUGGUGCCAACAUCAACAGCAGACACACAGUCUGAAACCCCAGUCUCCUCAGCCACUAAACCGAAGACAGACCUAGCAAAGAUGCAUUUUAAGAAGCAAAUUCUCAGUGUCUCUGUAACUGAAGAGAAACCAACAUCUGUUGUGCCAGAGGAGCCGCACUCCUCUGAAUUGCAGGUUCUGCUGAAAUCAACAAGUAAGAGUGUAACUGAAUUCCCAACACCCCAGCCUCAGAAUGUCGUCAGUGUCUGCCCCUCUGAGAAUGCUCACAUUGAAGCCUCUGAGACAAGGGUAACCCCUAGCCUCAAGAAGCCAGCUGCUUCCUUAGGAAAACAUGGAGAGAGUUCCAGCAUUGCUGAGCGGGACAGUAAGGUAUACAAAAGGAAAACCAGGUCCCAAUCUGAUAGUGCUCCCCCUGGCUCAGAAUCUGAUGGAGAUUCAGUCCAGAUGUCUUCCAGUCGCAAAUCAGUUGACUCCAAAGGUAAAACGAACUCUGACAGUAGAAACAAAGAGGUGAAAAAGUCUUCCUCUGGUUCACAUGCGGAGGAAAAGGAAAAAAGUUCUUCUAAGCGGUCAGAGAAUCAUGAAAGGUCUUCUAGUUACUCCAAAUCAGACCGUGAUUCUAGACACAUAUCUUUACGCUCAUCUCGAUCAGACAAAGAUCGCAGAAGGUCCAGGUCUAGAUCACGGUCUAGAUCAAGAGGGUCUCGAACAAGUUCAUCUCACUCCAGGUCAGAGAGAUCCCGAGGUGACAGAGGAUCCCGCUCUGAAAGGUCAUACUAUCAUGAUUCUGAUCGGAGAUCACACAGGAGUUCUCCACGCAGAGAGAGAAGACGCUCUCGUUCUCGCACUGACAGAACUCGGGACAGUUCUGACUCUGAGGAUGACCAUAGGAAGACAAGGACAAGGACUAGUGACUCCAGUAGGUCAUCUGCCCAUGCAAGCUCAUAUAAAGAGUCAAAAUCAUCUUCCUACUCAAAAUCUGAAAAGGCCUCUAAAUCUGCAGAUUCUCCUCACUCCUCGGAGUUGGAUAAAAGAACACAAUCGUCAAGGUUUGAAAGGACUUCAAAGCGACUAUCAGACUCUGAUUCCCAGCGCAAGUGCUCUCCUGAUCUGGAUUCCAGUUACCGUAAAUCUAGCUCCCAUCACAAGUCAGAGACCAACAGCAAAUCAUCUUCUUCCAAUAUGCAAACCCACUCUCAAACAUAUGAAAAACGCCAAAAAAGCAGCUCGAGUGACUCUGAGGCAGAUCAUAAGGGAAAAUCACAGACCUCUGACAAAAGCUCUGGCUCAGAGGAGAACUGUAAAAACUCCCAAAAGAAAACCAGUAGGCCAGACUCAAAGCAGAUGACCCCUUCUAGAUGUUCUGUGAAAACCAGCGGACAUGAUAGACAAUCGAAUGACAUAUUUCACAGCCCCGGAAAAGCACCAUCAUGUGCAAACACCACAGAAUCGUGUUCUCAGAGUGAAAAAGAAAACUCUGAUUCCCAACCAGGUGGAAAUGAACUUAGUAAUCUGGAUUUUAAGGAGAUGGUCUCAUGCACUGAUAAGAGUCUGCAAGAAUCGUCAUCCAAGAGAUCAAAAGAAACAAAAUCAGGUCCUGAAGUUGAGAAUGAAAAUGCCUCAGCUAUAACCUCAAGUGAAAGCCUAAAGCAUGUAAAUGCAGCCCUGGAAAACUUGACCAAUGUGAAGGAUACCCUUUCUUCUAGUAACCGACCACAUGUGAACUCAAAUGCAGCUGUCUUAAAUCCAUGCAGUAGUAAUGAUAGUAUAAUGUGCAGCCAGGACAAGAAAGUUGUUGACUGUUCACCAGGGCCAAAGUCCUUACUUUAUACAACAGAUAUACCUGUCACACAUGAUGUCCAGCAGAACACUAAACCAGAGAUUGUUGAGCUGAAUAAAGUUUCGACAGUCGACAAGCAGUGUGGCACAAGUGUGCUGCUCAAAUCUGAUUCAUCAUGUCUUGAAUCUGAGAAUCAGUUGACGAUUGAACAGCAAAAAAUGGAUACUGUGAAAAAGAGCAGCAGUACUACCAAAAAGUCCCGAUGGGAUAUUGUUGGGCAGGAUGCCUCAGAGAGUGAUAAUCCACAGAGGAUACUUUGUGCAGAGAGUAAGCCUACUGUUAAAAAGGUGAUCUCUGUCAAAAAAAUUGAGUUUUCUAAAGACAGUAACCAACAAGACUCAGACAUUAACAAGGCUAUUCAGCAAGAAGCUGAAACACAUUCCAAACUGGUGAAGCAGACUGAGAUCUCUAAGCAGGAAGUCGGCUCAGACAGCACAUCCAUGACCGAUAACUACAAAGACCAAAGUGAGCCUUCACCAGCGAGCACCAGCAUUGACCACUGUGACUUAAAAUUGAGCGUUUCUCAAAAAACAAACACAGAUGAGCCUCUGCACAUAAAUGAUACAUCACAGGUUGACAAAGCUGCAAAGAUGCAGAGUUGGAAUGGUCAUGAAGAAAAAUCCAAGGACAGUGCACAGAAGAGCAAAUUGAAUAAGAGAACAUCACUUAAUCAGGAUGCAUUAGGAGGACAGAGUGAGGCCAGUGAUAGUGACAACUCGGAGUAUGACUCUGAUUGUGGCGAGGCUAUAAAACGAUUGCAUUCUGUGGUGGUGGUGCCAAAGAAUUCUUCCCUAACAAUAGAUACACAGGACACGAGAGCUUCCCCAUGCACUCCAAUGAAUAGUUCAGAACUGCAAAAUGCUAGUAUAGCAGCUGACCUGAAUAUCGGUGAAGUCCCAAGACAAAGGCAGGGGAGUCCUUCCACUGCAUUUGUGGAGACCAGUGGUUCGUGUGCUGGUGUAAAUGAUUCAUCCAAUAGCAUUAUGUUGUGUCAAUCCCAGAGUAAUAUGAUUGAUAGCACCAGUCACUCGGAGGGUUCCAGCUCCAUCCGUGCCCAGCCUUACAUGGCUGGUCAUAUCAGUGCCCAUGGAAGUGCCACAGAUCCUGCCCACAGCCUUGAUAAUUCCAGACAGUGUGAGCAAGGGCACAUACAGCAUAAUGUAAGCAGCAGAGGUGAAAGGAUGUACUCCCAUUACCUACAUGAUGAUUUCUCCAAUGCUGACAAUAUAAAUGACAAGAAUGGAUUCAGCCUGGGUUGGGAUUUUUCGCAACCAGAACAGCCCAGUAGUACAUACCAGCAGCCUGAUAGCAGUCAUGGGCCACAGUUACUGAACACUAAACUGACAGGAACCUCUCCCAAGGAACAGGAGCAUGUGCAGAGUAAUGCCUCCUGGAACCACCAAUCCCCAAACAUGCAGACUAACAGCAAACCCUACCUCCAUGUGCAUGAACAUUAUCAGGAUCCUGCAGGUGAAAUCCAUCCUGACUCCCUAACUAAUGACCAUGAUGACUACAGUGGGCAUAAACUAUCUAAUCUUAGUAAAACUGCUGUUGAAUGCAAUGGACCUAACACUCCUGGGUCAUCAAGCUUUGUACAAGGUCAUGAAAUAAGCAGCAACAGCAGGGGCUCUGCUGUGCCUGACCCCCCAAGAGAAGACAGUUUUAGACCCCACAGAGGCCGGGGCCCUCCCAAGAAAAGGCGUCCAGAGAUUGAGUCUGAUUCAGACAAUGAGGCCGAAGCUGGGCCGGCAGGCAAGAGGGAGCGUCAAGGAGAUACUGACGUCUCUAAGGAAACUCAUGUCAAAGCUGAGGUGCACCGUCCAUCACUCACUCUGCAAGACUUUCAAGAUGCGAAUAAAUGGAGAGAGUCGUCCAAGUCUAAGAAGAUGCCCCCUUACUUUGACUUGAUUGAGGAGAACCUGUACCUGACUGAGAGAAAAAAGAGCAAAUCUCAUCGAGAUAUCAAAAGAAUGCAAUGUGAGUGCCCAGUGCUGCCCAGAGAGGAGCGUUCAAGGGGAGUAUUAGCAUGCGGGGAAGACUGUUUAAACCGGCUGCUGAUGAUUGAGUGCUCCUCACGGUGCCUGAAUGGAGUCUACUGCUCUAAUCGACGCUUUCAGAUGAAACAACAUGCAGACUUCGAUGUUAUCCUCACAGAAGACAAGGGUUGGGGACUGCGGGCAGCUAAAGACUUAACUCCAAACACCUUUGUGCUGGAAUACUGCGGGGAGGUAUUGGACCACAAGGAGUUCAAAACAAGGGUGAAAGAAUAUGCACGUAAUAAAAACAUCCACUACUACUUCAUGUCUCUAAAGAAUAAUGAGAUCAUUGAUGCAACGCUGAAGGGUAAUUGCUCUCGGUUUAUGAACCAUAGCUGCGAGCCCAACUGUGAAACCCAAAAGUGGACUGUCAAUGGCCAGCUUAGAGUUGGGUUCUUCACCACCAAGGCUGUCACUGCAGGAACUGAACUGACGUUUGAUUACCAGUUCCAGAGAUAUGGCAAAGAGGCACAGAAAUGCUUUUGUGGAGCACCCAGCUGCAGAGGCUUCCUGGGUGGGGAGAACAGAGUUAGUGUUCGGGCAGCUGGAGGGAAGAUGAAAAAAGACCGCAGUCGAAAGAGUGCUCUCACCACGGUUGAUGAGGAGCUGGAGGCGUUACUGGAGAAUGGUGAAGGCCUGUAUGAUGAGAAACAGGUGGUGUCUCUCUGCAGACUAAUGGUCCGAGUGGAAACCAUGGAGCAGAAACUCAUCUGCCUCAAGCUCAUACAAGAUACUCAAAAUCCAUCAUGCCUGAAGCAGUUCCUAGACCAUCAUGGAUUGUCUUUGCUGUGGAUCUUCAUGGUGGAGCUUUCUGAAGCUAAAGGCAACAGUGCCAAUAACAUCAAACUGCAGUCAGAGAUUAUGAAGACCUUGGCUGUGCUGCCUAUCUCUACUAAGAACAUGUUGGAGGAGAGCAGAGUCCUGACCUUCAUUCAGCGAUGGGCCCAGACAAAAACUCUCCCGCAGCCUGCUGAGAUGGAUGGCUACUCUAGUGAGAACACUUCCCGUGCUCAAACACCCCUCAACACUCCAGAUGGUUCCUCCACCAAACUGGGACCAGAAUUGGAUGGGGACACCUCCAAACCUGCUGUGUACCGCCGCCUUAAAAUCAUCAGUGAAAACAGUCUGGACAGUGCACUCUCUGACGCUAGCAAAGCAUCUGAUGGGAAGGAGGAAGAGGAGGAGGAGGAAGAUGAGGAAGAAGAUGAAUCCUCACAUGCAGGACUUCCUGACAGCAAACACUUGAAGGCAGACCCAGCGUGUGAAACUGCAGAUCCAGUGAAAGGAAUGAUGGAAGAGUCAGUGACAGAAGAGAAACAGGAAGAGACAGGGAUGAGUUCAAGCAGUCAACACCAACCUCAAUCAGAGGAGGUAAAAGAAAAAAUGGAGUCAGAUUUGGAGAAGGAAAUUGAGAUGAAAGAGGACAUGAGUGAGGGUCAGACUGAUGAAUUUGAGGGGCCAAAAGAGCCUAGUGAGGAACAGGAGAGUGGGGAGGAGCAGACCAGUCAGGCAGUGACAGAAAAGGCUGAACUAGAAGGAGAUCAGCCCACCGUUGAAGUUAUCGAGCCAGAGAGUCAGUCCAUCCAAACAGAUGUUGCUGAUCUUCCACCUGAGCAGCCUUCAGAGAAUAUGGAAGCCCAGGCAGAGACACAAGAGGCUGAAAAACCUCCUCCUGGCAGUGAGGCGCAACCUGAUGAAUCUAUCACUGAUGCUACUCCAAGCUCUGAGACCCCAGAGGCCAGUAUGCCCUCUGAGGUCACAGCGAACCCUGUGGACCCAUCAGUGAUAGGUACUCCUUCUCAGGAUGAAGAGGAAGGUGUCUCAGAUGUGGAGAGUGAGAGGAGUCAGGAGCCCCAACUCAAUGAUUUGGACAUUAGUGGCAUGGCUGCCAGGCUUCUGGAAAGCUGGAAGGAUCUGAAGGAGGUGUACAGAAUACCAAAGAAGAGUCAGGUGGAAAAGGAAGCAAAUGAUCGCAGCCGAGAUCGAGACACAGCUUUGACACCACGCACCACUUCUGGUAGCCGAGAACGAGAAAGGGAGCGAGAGAAGGAGAGGGAACGCGAUAGAGACCGAGAUUAUGACAGGGAUCGAGACAGGGAUCGAGACUGGGACAGGGACAGAGACAGAGACAGAGAUCGUGACCGGGAACGUGAUCGAGUCUCUGACAAAACUCCACGCAGCACUGAGAGACGAAGGAGACGUUCCGCUUCUCCACCACCCUCAUCCUACGAGAGAAGCAGCCGACGCACUGAGGAACGGUUUGACCCAUCUAACAGCAACAAGACACCAAGGGGAACUGGUGGCAAGGAGCGCAAUAAGCUGUCCACAGAGGAGCGCAGAAAGCUGUUCGAACAGGAGGUUGCUCAGCGGGAAGCCCAGAAACAACAACAGCUUCAGCAGCAGCAGCAGCAGCUUCAAACUAUGGCUUAUGACCCUGCUCUGGCCUAUGCCUCCAGCCCUGGCUUCAUCACAUACCCUCCUGGAUAUCCCAUCCAGACCUUUGUGGAUCCCUCCAACCCCAAUGCAGGCAAAGUACUGCUACCUACCCCUGCAGUUGAGCCUACCAUGAACUAUGAACAGACGCCUCCCCAGCGUCUUAUCUCAGACCUGGGACUGACCUCUCCAUCCUCCACUUCCCAGGCCACUCCAGUCUCUAAUCUCUCUCAGCACAUCACCACCACCAACCUCGCCACUGGCAACCCUCAGCAGUAUGCCCAGCCAACUGUAGCAACCCAGGACACAGGCGUAGCUGUCCUCUCUGUACCUGCCCAGACGGCCCCUCCAGUACAGGGCCAUCAGAGCUACACCACUCUCUGGGAUCCCACUACUCAGCAGGCAGUGACUGUGCAGACACAGCCUGCACAGCAGUAUGCCACAGCCCCAGCACAGGCUCAGACACAGACGGCCAUCUAUUACCAGGGCCAGCCAUGCCAAACCAUCUACAGCAUCCCCACUGCUUACCCUCAGGCCAGCACUCCCGUCAUACAGGCGUACACUGAACCCACAGCCAGUUACCUGCAUGGCCAGCCUGUGUAUCCCAGUCAUCAGCAGGGAGUGGUGGUGCAGCAGGGAGGCACAGUCACCACCAUCGUCACAUCCCAAACUGUCCAACAGGAAAUGAUUGUACCCAACAAUGUGAUAGACCUGCCUCCUCCCUCUCCCCCCAAACCCAAAACUAUCGUCCUACCUCCCAACUGGAAAGUGGCCCGGGACCCUGAAGGCAAGAUCUACUACUACCAUAUUGUCACAAGGCAAACACAGUGGGACCCUCCAACCUGGGAAGGAAGUAGCGACAACACUAGUGUGGACCAUGAAUCUGAGAUGGACCUGGGAACGCCCACCUAUGAUGAGAAUCCUUCCAAGUUCUCCACUAAGACAGCUGAAGCAGAUACUUCCAGUGAGCUGGCUAAAAAGAGUAAAGAGACAUUUCGCAAAGAGAUGUCCCAGUUCAUAGUGCAAUGUCUAAAUCCGUAUCGGAAGCCAGACUGCAAACUUGGACGCAUCAGCAACACAGAAGACUUCAAACACCUGGCUAGAAAGCUAACUCAUGGAGUUAUGAAUAAGGAGUUGAAAGCUUGCAACAAUCCUGAGGACCUUGAGUGUAACGAGAACGUGAAGCACAAGACCAAGGAGUACAUCAAGAAGUACAUGCAGAGAUUUGGGUCCGUGUACAGGCCCAAGGAGGACACAGAGGUGUACUAACCUCACAGACCAUAGAUGUUACACUUGUUCUGCGCUAACAAAGGAGAAGCACAGAUUUGCCUUUCCAUUUACUCCUUCAUGUAUGUACUGGCCAGUUUGAACCGUGAAGUAGUUUCUUACACGUAUUUAUGACUAAGAAUUGCACUGCUGCCCAAGAAGCUCACCAGGCCCCGUGGAUCUCGGAGGAGUCAGAGGGCUCGAGUGUUGCUGAACGACCCGAAACUUCAGGUGCAGUGGGUGCAUUGUUCUCGAAGGAUGACACUGAGGGGUGCUGCAGAGACUAAUUUUUUCACAGACUGUUUGUUUGAUUUUAAGCAUUUAUUUUUUUUUCCAUUUGUGGCUCUUAAAUGUUCCAGAGAUGAUCACCUCAAUUCCAUUUUUUAAUCUCCUCUAUCCCUGAAUGAGGAUUACUCAACAGAAUCAGCUUUUGGUAUCAUAUUUAUCAAAGUUUCUUUGUUACUUUCCACUGUUAAAAAUGGAUCAAUGACAGAACAGUCCAGCCCCACUUCCUUUUUCUUGUGCACGCUUCAACCCCUGCCACUGACUCUGAAUCUGGUGCUGCUUUUAACUGGGCUGUGGAGGUCCAACCUUCCACUCCUCAAACCCUGCCUUCUUAACCACAAGACUUUUGGAGCCUCUGUUGUUUUAUGAAUGCAUGAUGUAGGCUGAGGUCAGCGUGGAAUCCUUAUGGAAAUUCCUACAUUCUCCAUGUCUCCUGCUCCAAGUAAUAUGCCCUCACCCGGAUGAACUUUUACUCACAAUACACUUAGGGAUCAGCCAAUAACCAGCAGGUUGGCAAUGGGGUUAGUGAUCAAUAUUUCCAUGUCUUUUAUCAAUUUAUGUAUAAUAACGGGAGCAGGGUUUGAAUGCUAUGUGUGAUGUGCUGUUUAGCUGUAUAUCAAUUUUUCUCCAUUUCCUGUCCAACCCCUCCUCCAACGUGUUCUGCUCUGUUUCCUGAUGCUGAAAAUGAAGGUUGUAGCAUUGCAAUUUUAACCGUUUCUAAACAUCUUGUGUGUUCUGGUUCUUUUUUUUAAAUCAUUUAUAUGUCCUAGUGAGACGUUAGAGACACUUAGGUUGGCCUUGCUCCACAAACUCAUUAAUUUCCAAGAUUUUUACAGUUGUCAAGGUAGUUUCAUUAGCAUUAGGUCACCACUUUGGUGCAGCCUAUUCAUUUGCUUUAAAUAAAGUUCCAACAUCUGUACAUUGCUUUAUAUGUGAAUAUAUUGAAUAAUAGUUUUGGGAAUGUUUAAAUAAGCAGACACUUUGUAAAAGGAUUUCAUGAUUGAAAGUGUAAAUAAUGUGUAAAAUUACCAAAGCUGUACGCAGGAGAGUAGGGUCAGGGAGCACAGUGAGCCCACCCAUCCUCACCAGCUCAGCCCUCCUGAUGCAGUUCCCACAUCACGCUGUCAUACUUAGGACCCUGCUGACUCACAGCCCUCUAUUUUAUUUCAGUGGUGGAGAAGAUUUUCAUGUGUUUUCUUCUUUUCUUUUUUUUUGUCUAUUAUUUUUCUAUGUACAAAGUAAGUUUCACUCUACUCUACUGUAAGUAUUGUGUAAGCACAUUGUCAUACCAAGUGUACAAACAUUUUAAAAGAUAAUAAACUUUUUUGUAAAAUUA